AUGUGUACACAGAAAUAUACAGAUUCACUGGCUUAUAAACAGCAGCAGCAGCAGCAGCAGCAGCAGUGUUCCGCCAACGACGUGCAGUAUGCAGAACUAGUGUUAGGAGGCGCAACCUGUAGCCCUCACCAUCUCGACCUGCACAGAGGUCCAAUUACCCCUCAUCACGAUCCACAGAGAACAGCACCCAUGUCACAACACACUCUCCAGAGAACUAUAUCAAACCCACAGCUCAAUGAUCCGCAGAGAGUCAUAUACGCUACCCUCGAUCACAAGCACAGACAAACUCACUUCCCACCUUUGACACUUGCAGCUUACUCCCAGCCUGUGGUGAUCACUAACACUCCCACACACAGUGGGCUCCAUCAAGCCCUCCACCAUUCUACCUCCACACAUAGUGGACUUCAAGGGAACCUCCACGCCACCACCUCUACCCAAAAUGCUCCUACGCAGGCAUUACCGAGACCUCACUGGACAUCCUCCUCUGCGUCUGUAGGGCAUCGACAAUCUUUAAAGCAAGACCUAUGCUCAAGGGACCCAGAAGCUUCACUCCUACCUGUCCCCAGCCAAAAGGAGAGCUCAGUAUAGGAAUGUCACACUGAUGACCAUUGUUGUCAAAUACUUGUGAGAGCUUUAUUUUGAACUGGAAAUGGGCAUCAAUACCAACAUUAUCCAGACAAUAACACUUAAAUAUAGUAGGUACCUUUACUCACGACAAAGUUUUGCCAAAUCAGUCAUCAAAUCAGUAUAGAACACGUCAUGAAUAUACGAAGGAGACAUUCUGGGGGCACAAGAAUACUGCAGGAUGUAAACUGAAGGUCAGAGUUGAAAUUUCCUCUGAGUGUUUGUGAGUCCAUUCAUAAUACCAUUAAUAAUAAUUCUCUUGUGAAAACAGUGAUUACGUUUGC